AUGGUAUAUGCAACUUUAUUAAGUGAAGAAGAUUUGAGUCGCUUUCGAACAAAACAAUGUAAAAGAUUAUUAAAUGGUGGUUGCAAUUUUGGUUUAGAUAGAUGCCAAUAUAGUCAUAAUGAAUUUUGGAAUAGAAGAUGUCCAUUUUAUUUAAGUGAUUCUUCUUUUAUUCGUUACAUAACAAUAAUGUGCCCAGAUGUAGAAACAAAAAGUGAUGGAUCUAUUAAUAGUUUAUGUUUAAGGGGAGGUGAAUGCCCCUUUGCUCAUUCCUCCGAAGAAAUUUUAUAUCAUCCUCUCUUUUAUAAAACAAAAAGAUGUGAAGAUUAUAAAAAAGGAUCAUGUAAUACAUACUACUGUCCUUUUAUUCAUGGAUUAGCUGAAACGAGAGUCCCAGGAAAUUAUAAGUUACCUUUUACUAACGGUAUAAACAUUCCUAGUAUUCCUAAUGUAAUUAUUGUAGAUAAAAUAGAUAUAUGCAAUAAAAACAAUAAUGGUUUAAUUAAUGACAAAUAUAUAAAAAGUUUGUCUUUAAAAAAAAAGAGUGAUUUAAAAUUAGAAGAUAUGAAUGAUAAUGAUGUACAAAGUAAUAAAAUGAAUUAUAUGGCUUCAACCGCUUAUUCUUCUGUUGAUUCAAUUUCUAAUAAAAAUGAGAUACCCAAAAUUAAUAUAGGACAAAUUUCCUUAUCUUUUAAUGAUAAUUUAUUUAAUAAAGAUAAUUUAUUAAACUAUUCUGAAGAAGAACUAAAAUUAAACUUAUUCAGCAAUACUCCUUUCGAAAAUUUAAACAAUUAUACAAGAAAUAGCAUAAAAAAUUCUAUUAAUUCAUUUGCUAAUUUUGAUGCAAACAGUAAUAGUAAUAAUACAAAUAAUUCUAAUAUUUAUUCCUCAAAUUAUAAUGAACUUAUUUCUAAUAAAUUAAAUGGAUUUCCUACAAAAAGUGGGAAUAAUAUUUCUAUUAGCUCAAACGUUUCUAAUAAUAUAAUAGAAUCUUUAAAUACAAAUCGAAAUUAUAAUAACUUCAACAAUCUAAAAUUAAAACAAAAUCAUUCUAGUUGUAGUACAGCUGCUCAUGAAGUCAGCUUUAACGAACAAGAAGCUACAAGCGAUGAAAUAAAUGAUGAAGAAGAUGAUGAUAUAGAUAAUGAAGAUAAUUUAAAUAUAUUAAUUCAAAAUAAAAAAUGCGAUUCCGAAUCAUUAAAUAGUGAUAGUAAAUUAAACUGUAAUUUAAAUAGUACAGAAAAUGAUAAAAGCAGUGAAAUUAAUAUGUUAGAAGUUAUCAAAUGCUUAAAAGCUUUAUACGAGAAAAUAAUUAAGGGAAAUUUAGUUUUUACACCAGAACAGUGGGAUAAUAUUGCACAAAUUGCAUAUGAAAUCAUUGGAGUAGUUGAAUUUAAUAGGGUUUUAAAAUUAAAAAAAACAGCAAACAAAGUAAAAAAUGAUAUAUAUAAUAAAAAUAAAGAAUUUAUAUUUGAUGAAGAAAAAAAAAAUGAAAAAGAAAAAGAAAAUGAAGAAGAAAAGAAAAGAGAGCAAGUAUUAUUAAUGGAAAAUAAAAAAGAUUAUAUUAACGAACUUAUAGAAUUUGAUUCAGAAAAAAAUAAAUUAAUGAAUAAAAUAAAUAAUGAAUUAAAUAAAAGGGAAGAUAUAAAUAUAAAUAGUGUAGCGGAUGCACAAGAAAACAGUUUAAUGAAUUUUUAUCAUCAACCAAAUACAGAGAAUUAUCUAGAUGAAAAAAAUGAAAAAGAUAUAUUAUCCAUAAAAAGGAAAUUUCAAACGAGUCCAUUAAGUUCUAAUAAUGAUAAUAAUGAAAAAACAAAAGAUAAUUUGGAUAAUAAAAUUGCAAAUUCAAAAGAUUCUUAUUUUUUAGAAUAUUAUAAUUCAAAUAAAAAUAAUGUUAACUUUACAACAGAAGCAAAAGAUAAUAAUGAAAAACUUUCUUCACAACAGCAGUUCGUAUCUUUUUUUUCUUUCUUAUCAGAAUAA